CGACAACGUCAAGUCCAAGAUCCAGGACAAGGAGGGCAUCCCCCCCGACCAGCAGCGUCUUAUCUUCGCUGGUAAGCAGCUUGAGGAUGGCCGCACCCUGAGCGACUACAACAUCCAGAAGGUAUGAAGGAACUUCCCAUCGAUUGAAUCUCUUUGCGCUGGUUUUGUUGGGGACCAAGGUGGUGGAGGCCUCGAAAUGCGACAACACAAUGCGAUUCUUUGUGUCAGAAAUAUGGAAACCGCCAAAUCAAUUAUCGACACCGGCCUUUGGUUGAAACGAAUUGGCGCAUGGGAUGAUGGUUUUCGGAUUUCACGACCCGAUUUGGCUGACGCGGCUUUUUCCACUUCUACAGGAGUCCACCCUUCACCUUGUGCUCCGUCUGCGUGGUGGUAUCAUCGAGCCCUCCCUUAAGGCUCUCGCCUCCAAGUACAACUGCGAGAAGUCCAUCUGCCGCAAGUGCUACGUAUGUUUGCUCUCUUCCGUCACAUGUCAAGAUGGUUCAUCAGGCGAUCCAUGACAUGCUCCCAUGCGCCCGGUUACUGACGUGAUGUCACACAGGCUCGUCUGCCCCCUCGUGCCACCAACUGCCGUAAGAAGAAGUGCGGACACACCAACCAGCUCCGCCCUAAG